CCGGGUUGUUGCCUUGAGAUCUGUCGGGGGCUGCCGAUGACGCACGUGUUCUUGAUUGGUCAGUCUCGAGCAGCUGCUGUGCCCCUCUGAGCCCCUCCAGGGGCGUCCAUCGCGGGAUCUUGCUUCAAACCUGCCCUGCCUCUCUUUACGUUUCUGCCUCUGACGACAUCAAAUGCCGCUUUCUUCGCAAGCUGCUCGUCCCGAAGCCCGCGCGGUCCUACUUUCGGUCUCCCUCGACAAUCACACUCGCCCGAUCCCCUCACUGCGCGACUAUCCGCCUGCAUAUUAGCCACGAGCCUUCUGUCCGUCUUUGAUUUUCCGUCGCAUUUAGGUCGCGAUAUAACAGCUCCCUUUCAACAAUGGAGAUCACGGCUAAAGACCUGCCGGCGUUGCUGGUCGAUGACACCUCGGUCAAGCUCGCCGGUAUCGACGUCGACGGCAUGCUUCGUGGCAAGCUUGUCUCCAAGAAGAAGUUCAUGUCUAUAGCUGAGAGCGGUUUCGGCUUUUGCUCCGUCAUCUUUGGCUGGGACAUGCACGACAGAACAUACAUGCAGGAGCUGAAGGUCAGCAACAAGGAGAACGGAUACAGGGACAUCAUCGCUAUACCAGACCUCAGCAGCUUCCGGCGCAUCCCCUGGGAGGACAACGUCCCGUUCUUCCUAGUCAGCUUCUUUGACCCCGAUACCAGGGAGCCGGUUCCAGCAUGCCCACGUGGUUUGCUGAAGACGCAGCUGGACAAAUUUGCAACAAAGGGCUACGGGGCCAUGGCGGGAGCCGAGUACGAGUUCUACCAGUUUAAGACACCACCGUCCAACGGCGCCCAGUCGACCGCCGCGUACCUCGAACGGAACCCUCCCCACUCCCUCCCGUCCCUGACCGAGGGCAUGUUCGGCUACAGCCUGACCCGGCCGGUUCAGAACCAAGACUAUUACUACGAUAUUUUCAACACCUGCCAGACGUUCAAAUGCGAUAUCGAGGGGUGGCACACCGAGAGCGGGCCUGGCGUCUACGAGGCUGCUCUCGAAUUUGGCGAGCUGAGGCAGAUGGCAGACCGCGCCACCCUGUUCAAGUACGUCGUCAAGUCUGUGGCAAUCAAGCACGGCAUCACACCAUGCUUCAUGGCGAAGCCUAAACAAGGGCUCCCGGGGAACAGCGGGCACAUGCACGUCUCGCUGGUCGACGGGGACGGAAACAACCUCUUCUACCGCGGCGAAACUGACCCGAACCCGCCAUACCCCGACGUGGCCGACCUAUCCGAUUUGGGCCGCCAUUUUCUGGCCGGCAUCCUCGACGGAUUGCCCGACGUUAUGCCGAUGGUGGCGCCCACCAUCAACAGCUACAAGCGCUUGGUUGAGAAUUUCUGGGCACCAGUUACCGUCUCGUGGGGCCUGGAGCACCGCGCCGCCUCGAUACGUCUGAUUGCGCCUCCCACCGCGAAGCCGGGGGCCACCCGGUUCGAGGUCCGCGUCCCGGGCGCGGAUGCGAACCCAUACUACGUAAUGGCGGCCAUUCUGGCGCUGGGCUGGCGUGGCGUCGAGAAAAAGCUGGCCUUCCCCUGCCCUCCGCUUGGGAAAGGGGAGGAUGUGGGAGGCAGUUCUGAUACGGGUGCCCGCCUGGCCAAGACGCUGCGCGAGGCAAAUGACAGGUUCACGCGCGAGGGUAGCAUUGCGAGGGAGGUGUUUGGCGACGAGUUUGUGGAACACUUUGGCGGGACGAGGGCCCACGAGAUACGGCUAUGGGAUGAGGCUGUGACGGAUUGGGAAAUGAAGAGGUACAUUGAAACUGUUUGAGCUUAGGCGUUGAUGAUUGGGUGUGUUUGAGGCGGUUAGCAUUUCGAUUCACGUCGGCUUUUGUGAUACCCCUUACGAGACAAUGACGAGGACUCUUCUACGACAAGUUCUUUCCCUUUUCGUCUCAAUAUGGGGUAAAAUUCCCGGCCUCCCUCGUCGCUCCUGGCACUCCGCAGUAGAGGAGCAAGCGCCCCCGGUCUCGCAUCAGCAAGCAGAUGCUGUCAACUCUAACUCACCUUGCUACAAUCUCGAGUGUGAUACACGUGGCCGGGGAAUACUCGCUGGAUCUUGCCGCCGAGGAGAGUUGACGAAAAGGGGAACCCGGCGUCUCAUCGAUCGGGGACGUCGCC